AUGCUGGCAAGUGGCCAAAGACUUAAGGAGGGCACCGGCCGCAAGAGUGUCAGGAUGUCUACAUUCAAGGGAGUCGUAGAGGAGUUUCCUGGAAUUCGAAUUGACUACUUUCGAAAAGUUCAUGGGAGGGACAAUCCGCUCGCAUGCUUUCUCAGUCAUGUACACAGCGACCAUCUCCAAGGUCUGGAGUCUCUCCGCUCUCCGUUCAUCUACUGUUCCCCAACCACUCGAGAGCUCCUGCUCCGUCUUGAAAAGUACCCGCAUCGCAUGAAUUUUCACCUCGGUAUUUUGGAGUUAAGGAAACAGCAAUACAAGCAUCUUAGUAAAUUACUUAAGACAAUAGCCUUGAACACUCCAACAGAGGUUGAGCUAAAGCCGGGGAAGUCUCUGAGAGUCACAUUGCUAGAUGCAAACCACUGUGCCGGCGCCGUCAUGUUCCUUAUCGAAAACGACACCAAGGCAAUUCUUUACACCGGUGACAUUCGAUCCGAGCCUUGGUGGGUUAAUUCUUUGGUCCGAAACCCUGUCAUCCUUCCAUACACCCAUGGCCUUAAGCGUUUAGACAAGAUCUACCUGGACACGACUUUCGCUUCCAAGAAACACCACUGCCGAAGGUUCCCAUCGAAAGCAGAUGGACUAAAAGAGCUGCUCGAGAAGGUCUCCAAGUACCCAAUCGACACUGUCUUUCACUUCCAUGCCUGGACCUUCGGCUACGAGGACGUUUGGAUUGCUCUAUCAAGUGCCUUGCGAUCUCGGAUUCACGUAGAUGAAUACAAGUAUUCUUUGUACGAGUCUCUAGGUACUACUGCCAAAAACAAGAACCUUUGCCACGAAGGCUCUGCACUAUAUGGCUUUGAGUGUGGUAACAAAUUCCAAGACGGGUGCUUGACGCACAAAAGUAAUGUUCGCUUGCACAGUUGCCAGCACGACAUGGGCUGCAGCAAAUUGGAGGCGUCCAACAUUGUCUUCAUUCGACCGAUUAUUUCGCGCUCUGUUGAAGGGCUUGUCCUACCUGAGAUCGACGCUGGAGGAGGCGGUGGGGACCUCAAUCAAGUGCACGAGCUUGAGCUCAACGAUGCCACUGCUGUAGGAGCCUUGAUCGAGUUGUGCACAAAAGAAAUUCUAGACCAGAAAACCCGAUCAAAUACCAUCGAUCUCAUAAUCAAGGCGAAGAAUACUCAGAAGAUGGUCGUCUCAUUGGAUACUCUUGAUUUCAACGGCAACCUUGAGACGAUGCCACUAGCAGAGCUUUCAAAGCUUCUCGCUAAGCUUGUUGCUGUUGAAGACGGCGCAACCAGCCUGAUUGACGAAAGAGUUGAAACUCCAAGCAGGGGCGUGGGUAGGGGUAGAGCAAAGACGCUGCAAACAUCCUCUGUGAGGCAAGAACUUCCAAGAAGUAUUGAAUUCCCAUACUCAAGGCACUCUUCGUAUGAAGAGCUCUGCGAUCUUGUAAAGGCAUUUGAGCCCGCUGAUGUCUAUCCAUGCACCAUUAACGAAGAUUAUAUGGACUUGGACGUAAGUGUGAAGGAUCUUUUUGGCCACCUAUGCUUCGGUUCUACGUUCGCUCAUGACGAAGAGAUGAAAAUGCUUGCCAGCCAGCGGGAAACUCUCGAAAAACGUAGGAACGAUCGUGACUCGCAGACUAUGACAUCUUCUAGAGAGGGAAGCGUCGAUCAUCGAAAUACAAGUCCAGUGAGCCUGCUCAGAUCCGCAUCAGAUCCCGAAUCUCACACCCUUGACGAUCUGGAGCGCGUGCCAAAGCGCCCGUGUACUAGCCCAGCGUUCCCAGGAAACCACCCAGGCGAGCUUGACACGAGGAGUCUACCGAUCGAAGUGUUGUCUCCGAAACGAAAGCUACCCGAGUUCGGGCAAUCUUUCAGAGGAUAUCUCAGACAAAGCAAGAGAGAGAAGAUUUUACUGACUCCUAAGUCCACUGAUCCACCGUCCAGUCAUGCUGGCGAUUAUACGAGCUCGUCACGGACCGCUAUAUAUGGCCACCAAGAGUCUUCUGCAGCAUCCCACUUGAAAAUUGAUCCGAACGCAGACACCCUUCGAAACAGGCGUUUGGCCAAUCGUCCAGUAGAUGUGCGUCAUGGGACACAAGCUGAGCCGAUCGAGCUAUCCGACGGUGAUCCUUCCAGCCAGGGCAACGAAGCGGGCGACUUUCUGCUAGAGAAGAUGCCUGAGCCAGACGAUAUGCCAAACGCCCUCAAUGAAAGCCAACUAGAUCCCGAAACGCAGGUCACGCUGUCGGAUGCCGCUUUUGAAUCUCAGUCAUCGCAUGACUCGAACCCAGACAUCAAAGCAAUGAAGUUGCAACAGAGGAAGGAAGCGUACAAAGCAGCGAAAGAGCCCAGAGGUAUCUGGGGAAUUGAUCAAGGGCUUAUCUCCUCAAACGCUCAUCACGGGGAAGAAGAGGUUGAGCUCUGA